AUGCUUUUCAACCCGAAAUCAACGCCGACCUACCUUUCUGGGUUAAUUUUCUUCCAAAACUCUAAACGAAAUCUCAGGGUAAGAUCCAGACAUUGUUCUGGCAAAUAUGAUGAAGGAAAAGACAAAAACCAAGAAAUUCGAAACUCUAAAGAAAACCAGCAAGACCAUUUGUAUUUGUAUAAGAGCAAAGGCCAACAUCUCCUAACCAACACACGGAUUCUCGACGCUAUUGUUGAAAGAUCGAACAUAAGACCUACUGACACCGUCUUAGAAAUCGGACCCGGCACCGGAAACCUUACUGUCAAGCUCCUUGAGGCUGCUGAAAAGAUUUUCGCCUUCAAAAUUGAUAGAAGAAUGGUUGAUAUUCUCAACAAACGUGUUGCUGAUUAA